AUGUCUUUCCUCUUCUCUGCUUUCAUGCUUGAUGGUAAGUCCCAUGGCCGCAAUGAGAAGGAAAAUGAGUAUACAAGCACAAAACAUCCUCUGCAUUUUCCUGGAGCUUCUGAGGGAUUUACAGUUGAGGUACUCAAUUUCCAGGACAGCAAUGCAAGAUGGCAGCUACCACGGGCUCAGACUACUUAUGAAAACCAAAUAUACAGCCUUAAAAUAAAAUAUGGACCUAAAUCAUUCCCUUUUGUAAUAUUUGUAACAAAAUUUAACAUGAAUGGAGUCAAUAGUUCUAAUGGAGUAGUGAACCCAAGAGCCAUAUCAAUGCUAUCAAAAUGGCAAAAUUCAUGUCGUAUUAAAGUUUUCCUGCAAGAGCCUUGGCACCUAAUGAUGUCUAAAAAAAUUAUGAAACUCCCUCAGCCGACUGAAGGUCAGUGUUAUAGCAAUUAA